AAUAAAAUACGAACGUCAGCUUCUAUUUUUGAAUAGGCUAAUUUAUAAGAUACUAUAUGAACAAGUUGAUGAAACUAUUUUGAGUGCUGAAGAUGGAAAGUUUAUGAGAAGAGUUUCUUAGGAAAUGAUUCAACAAAAUUGUUUUAUAGCCUGUAUUGAAAUUGCAAGCAAUUAACCCUAUCACUUCGUUGAACAAUAAAAUUUAACAAAAAGAAUAGAGUUAUAAAGAAAAAGAAAAAUCUCAGUACCCUUUUUGAAAUAUUUUAUCACAACAUGUUAAAUAUUUCGAAAAGAGUACUGAGAUUUUUCUUUUUCUUUAUAAUUAUAUUACAAGUAGCCCUAUACAGAAAAGAGAUAAAUAAUAGAGUUGUAUAGCUCACUACAGUGCAACCCCGAUAUAACAAAUAACCCGGUAUAACGUUCUUUUUUCCGGUCCCUUGAAAACCCCAUAAACCUUAAUAGAAAAUUAACCCCUAUGUAGGCCUAGCGUACAAAAUACGUAUUCGUAUACACCUCUAUAUAACGUUUGGUGUGUUUAGUAAUAUUUUGACCCCUGUAUAACGUAUAUAAAAAUUAGCCUCUAUAUAACGUAUUCCCACGGUUCAGACCCCUGUAUAAAGUAUUUUAUUCUUAUCUAGGCCAUCACUUGAGCAUGUUUGAACAUGAAAGUUUUCAUUUACCCCCCUUCCGCUCGCCGCCCAUAAUAGAGUACAGUACUGUCUGUAAUGUUCUAUAUAUUCUUGUGUAUUCUCAGACAGUGAAGUCUGAAGUGUACGGUUGCAGAUUUUGAAUGAAAAGUUUUUGUGUGACUGAAAGUGUGUUUUUGUGUUUUUUUUUUUUUGCAAGUUUGUUUUUGAGUGUGUCAUGGCCGAGAAAAGAAAGUCUUUGAGUGUUGACUUCAAACGUAAAGUUUUAAAAUUCAUAGAAGAAAACCCUCAUAAGAAGAAAGUGGACAUUGCAAAGGAAUUCAACAUUACACCAACAACUCUUUCAACAAUUCUUAGAAAUAAAAACAGAUAUGAAGACGAAGGUGAACUUUCUGGUCAGUGUAAAAGGGCUAAACCAGCCGAAUUACAGGACGUUGAAACUGCUGUCAUGUUAUGGCUUAAACAGUGUCGUGACAAAAACGUAUCCAUUUCGGGACCUAUACUUCAGGAAAAAGCUCAACAAUUUGCCGAGCAGUUGGGCCAUAAUUCUUUUCGAGCAAGCAAUGGCUGGUUGGACCGCUUCAAGAAGAGGAAUGAAGUAACUUUUAAAAAAGUGUGUGGUGAAAGCGGUAGUGUUGAUGCAGUGUGCGCGGAAUGGAAGAAAAAACUGAUAGACUUGACACAAGGAUUCAAUGAAGAUGAUAUUUACAAUGUAGACGAAACAGGCUUAUUCUUCAAAUGCCUACCAGACAAAACUUUGACUUUCAAGGGUGAUCCCUGCAGUGGAGGGAAAAACAGCAAGGAACGGCUUACGGUGAUGCUUGGGGCUAAUGCAUCAGGUACACAUAAGCUGAAGCCCUUAAUAAUCGGAAAAUCAAAAAAGCCACGCUGCUUUAAACACGUUACGUCUCUGCCAACAAAAUACGUUGCUAAUAAAAAAGCUUGGAUGACAGGAGAAAUUUUCAGCAACUGGCUAAAAGAAACAAACAUACAAAUGAAACUGAGAAAGAAGAAAAUCUUGUAAUUUAUAGACAACUGUUCGGCCCACAAGGACAUCCCGAAGUUGACCCAUAUUAAUCUCCAGUUCUUGCCGUGUAAUAUAACAUCAAAACUUCAGCCCAUGGAUCAAGGGAUAAUACAGAAUUUCAAAACACUCUACAGACGGGAAGUGGUUAGACAAUACCUGAACGACAUGGAUCACUAAACUUCAACUAACAUCAACCUUCUCGACGCCAUGUGGAUGGUGAUGAAAGCAUGGAAUAAUGUUUCUCAACAAACAAUUGCAAAUUGUUUCAAAAAAAGUAGUUUCAAACUCAGUGUGCAAGAGGAAGCCACGGAUGAAGAGGAGUUGGAUAACCCGUUACCCGCACAGCCUGGUUUGAAUGUCGAAGCCUCCUGGCCAAGAAUUCAAGAAGCAUUGGAUAUCAACAUCGAGUUUGAGGAAUUUUGCAAACUUUGAUGAAGAUGUUGCAGUAUGUGGGGAGCUUACUGAUUAUGAAAUCAUCUCCAAAGUAACCGCAGAUCCAGAGGCAGAUGAUGACGGUGAAGGCGAGGAAGAAGAAGACGUCCAAGCUGAUGCAGCUGUUGCCGAUCGACCGGACCCUACUUCAGAGGAUGCUCGUGAAGCUCUGAACGUGUUCAAGUGUUUCUUUUUAAAGAAGAGUGCUGUAUCCGAAAAUACUAUGGAAUCCAUCACCAAGCUAGACUGU